AUGGACGUGGAGUUGUAUGUCUAUGACCUGUCCCAGGGACUUGCGCGGAUGUACUCGAUGGCCUUGACAGGCGUACAGAUCGACGCCGUCUACCACACGUCUCUGGUCUUCAACAACGUCGAAUACUACUUUGGCCAGGGCAUCCAGACAGCCCGGCCUGGUAGCACGCAUCACGGCCAGCCCAUGGAGAAGAUCCACAUGGGGAAGUGCGAGCUGCCGUUUGAGGUUGUUGAGGAGUAUCUGCAGUCGUUGAGCUCGAUAUAUACACCUGAGUCCUACGAUCUCUUCCUGCACAACUGCAACAACUUCACGCAAGAUCUGGCCAUGUUUCUUCUUGGGAAGAGUAUCCCUGAGCAUAUUCGCAACCUGCCGGAGACUUUCCUGAGCACGCCGUUUGGGCAGAUGCUCAAGCCGCAGAUCGAGGGUGCACUGCGUGGUGUAACGCAGGCUCCAGGGCAGGGUCUACCAGCGCCACGGCAGGGGGCUGCUGCUGGGCCUUCUGUUCAGCCUCAACCGCAGCCUCAGCCCCAGGGUAGGGUUCGUGUGGUGAGCAGCCUGAAUGAGCUUGAAAAGGAGUUGUCUGCUGCUUCGCAAUCAUGCGCUGUUAUCUUCUUUACCUCGACCACUUGUCCUCCAUGCAAGAUGAUGUAUCCGGUAUAUGACGAGCUCGCUGCCGAGGCUGGCUCCAAAGCUGUUCUUAUCAAGGUUGAUACCAGUAUAGCCCGCGACGUCGGGAUGCGAUACAGUGUGCGCGCAACGCCGACAUUCAUGACCUUCCUACGAGGCGAAAAACUCGAUCAAUGGGCCGGCGCCGAUGCAGGCAAGCUACGCGGGAAUGUCCGUCUUCUCCUAGAGAUGGCCCAUCCAACACACCCGCACCGCGAGCUGCGCCUUCCCAGCUUCCAACGUACCAUCACCAACUACGUCACAUACACCAAGAGCCCUCCGCUCGAGAAACUCACGCAGAAGCUCAAACCGCACGACCAAGACCCUACCCUCCUCUCCAUCAUCAACUUCAUCAAGCACCGCACCACCUCCACCUCCGCAGACACCCCAUUGCCAUCUGACCUCCCCACCUUCGCACCCUACCUAUCCCAAACGCUCCAGUCCAUCCCACUAGAGAACCGCUUCGCCCUCGUUGACCUCACCCGCCUCCUCUUCGCCGACCCCCGCAUCGCCGCAUAUUUCGCCGAAGACCCCCGCCACACCCUCCUCACAACCAUCUUCUCCAUCUCCGAAGACCCAGACUCCGCCCCCUACAACCUCCGCAUCGUCACGCUCCAACUCGCCUGCAACCUCUUCACAUCCCCACUCUACACAAACCACCUGCCCGCACCAGCGAACCCCCUCCGCCCAGCCCUCUUAUCUCUCCUGACCUCCUCCCUCCUCGACAAUCAAAGCAACCUGCGCGUCGUCGCCGCAAGCCUAGCAUACAAUCUCUCCGCACUUAAUCACAAUGCGCGCUUCGCAGCAAGCACAAACACUCCCGAGCACGCGGAACCCCUAUCAGAUGAAGAACAAGUCGCGCUAACAGCCUCGGUCGCCGAAGCCCUCGUCCAGGAGACCUCCAGCGCUGACGCCCUACACGGCCUCCUCUUCUCCCUCGGUCUGCUGAUCUACGAGGCGCCGGUUGAUGGCGCGGUGCUGGAUCUUUGUCGGGCGCUUGGGGUCAAGGAGGCGGUUGAGGGCAAGAAAGACCUGCUUGCCAAGGGCGAUAAGGAUAAGGGGGUUUUGUUCCGUGAGGUUGCGGGGGUGUUGCUUGCUAGGGGGAUCUAA